CACAAUAUUUUUCUUGAACUGUCUCUUCUCUCUUCCUCUGAAUUAAAGCUCUUUAGAUUUCAAGAAACUAUUCCCCAUUUGAUUGUCUCUGUCUCUCAUUUCUCUACUGGGAUAUGAAUACUAGGGCAAAACAUUCUCAUGUCUGAAGUCUCUGAACUAUCAACACAAUCGCAGAAGCGAUUCUCUUAAUAUCAACUUCAAAUCCAAGACCAAAUGCUUUUAUUGAAGGAUUAAGAUGGAAGAGAGGCUUCUGGGAUCAGAAGCAAAAGAUGAUAGUAAUUUAAAAGGUAGGAUUUGGGCAGAGUCUAAAAAACUAUGGAGGAUUGCACUUCCAGCAAUGUUAGCAAGAGUGAGUCAAUAUGGUAUGUUUGUGGUUACACAAGGAUUUAUUGGACAUAUUGGGGAGGUUCAACUUGCUGCUUAUGCCCUCAUCCAAAUCAUUGCUGUCAGAUUUGCAAAUGGGAUUUUGCUAGGCAUGUCAAGUGCGACAGAGACUUUAUGUGGGCAAGCAUUUGGAGCAAAACAAUACCAUAUGAUGGGCAUAUACUUGCAGCGAUCAUGGAUUAUAAAUAUUGCUACUGGAACCGUAUUGCUUCCCAUAUUCAUAUUCGCUGGAGACAUUUUCAAGCUGCUUGGUGAAGAAUCCGACAUCGCUAGUGAAGCCGGAUACAUCUCCUUAUGGUUCAUCCCCAUUCUCUAUUUUUUCAUCUUUUGUUUGACCAUCCAAAAGUACCUACAAGCACAGCUCAAAAACAUCAUCGUUGGGUGGCUUUCAGCCGUUGCAUUUGUUAUUCAUGUGCUCUUGUCAUGGAUUUUUGUUAACGUACUAAACUUUGGUAUUCCUGGUGCCAUGAGUGCAAUGAUAAUAGCUAGUUGGUUUAUAGUAAUUGGAGAGUUUGUUUAUAUCUUUGGCGGUUGGUGUCCCAAUACUUGGAAUGGAUUCAGUUUGGCUGCUUUUGUUGAUUUACUUCCUGUUUUGAAGCUCUCAAUAUCGUCAGGUGUAAUGCUUUGCUUAGAGUUAUGGUACAAUGCUAUUCUGGUCCUAGUGGCAGGAUAUAUGAAAAAUGCCACAAGUGAGAUUUCAGCCUUCUCUAUUUGCCUCAACAUCAUAUCUUGGGAAUUUAUGUUGUGCUUUGGCUUUCUGGCUGGCUCUAGUGUGCGAAUUUCAAAUGAAUUGGGGAAAGGAGAUGCGAAAACCGCAAAAUUUUCUGUGAAAGUUGCAAUUAGCACCACAGCGAGUAUUGGAAUGUUCUUUUUUAUAAUGUGUCUAGUGUUCAGCCAUGGUAUUGCUAAGAUUUUUACAAGUAGUGAGGUAGUAAUAGCUUCUGUUUCAAGCCUCUCUGUACUACUAGCUUUCUCAGUUUUCCUCAAUGGCAUCCAGGCAGUACUCUCAGGGGUGGCAGUAGGUGCCGGGCGGCAGACUGUGGUUGCAUAUGUUAACAUUUGUUGCUAUUAUUUCAUUGGCAUUCCUGUUGGUAUUAUUCUCGCAUAUGUAGCCAAUAUGAAAGUUAAGGGUAUAUGGAUUGGAAUGCUGCUUGGAGUUGUAACGCAAGUACUUGUACUUGGCUAUAUCACCUAUAAAACCGAUUGGGAUCAACAGGUGAAUGAAGCAUCAGCACGACUGAAUAAGUGGCUCUUGAAGCCUUCAGAUGAAUCAAUCUUUAAAGUUAACUGUGAGCAAGAUCUCCAAUAAAACAACAAUUGAAUGGCUUGAAUUCUUGUAAAUUUUUGGUUAACUACUUCAGCAACUUUCAUCGUCUUUAAUGAGUGUUUUAGGAAACAUGCCCUUUGAGAUAAUACCAUGUGAAAUAGGAAGAAACCCUUUCUUAGAUUUUUCCAUAUUGAAUCUUUUCAAUAUCUUGUCGAUGUAUAUACUCUA